AUGGAGUAUAUUACUGUUUUUGACUGCAUCUCCCUGACCGUGUAUUCCUUCACUUUCCUGCUUGGACUCCCCGCCAACCUGCUGGUCUUCUUCAUCUACGUCCGCAAGGCUCGUAAACGCGGCGCCACUCCAAAUGUGGUCUACGCCAUCAACCUGUGCGUGUCCAAUCUGGUUCUAGUAGCCUGGAUGCCUGUGAAAGCAGCUGAGACCAUCCUUAAUAUUUGGACACUGCCGGAGUUGCUCUGUCCCAUCUACAACUUCUUCCUCUUCGCCUCGCUCUACGCAAGUGGCCUUUUGCUCACGGCCGUGGCGGUCGGACGCUACCUGAGCAUCGCCUUCCCCAUCACCUACAAGCUUUACCGCCGAGCCCGCACUUCAUGCUUGGUUAGUGCCUUCCUGUGGGCCAUAGUGCUCUUGCAUCUGGGCUUGGCCUUGGUGGCAGAGGAAGGGGCCUACUUUGUGUCCUCGUAUCAGCGCAACAUGUCUAAGUGUUACGAGAAGUUCUCGGAUGAGCAGCUGAAAGUGCUGGUGCCGCUGCGUUUAGAGAUGGCACUGCUGCUUUUCCUGCUGCCGCUGCUGAUCUCAGCCUUCUGCACGCUGCGCUGCCUGGCACUGGUCAGGCGCUCCUGCCUUCCGGUCGGAAGCAAGCGACGGGUGUUGGCCAUGGAACUCUCUGCUCUCUUCGUCUUUGUGGUGUGCUAUGCACCCUACAACGUGUCACAUGUGGUGGGCUUUGUGCAGAACAAAAACGUGUCAUGGAGGAGUGAGGCCAUCAUCUCCAGCUCCUGCAAUGUCUUUCUGGAGCCCGUGGUUAUGCUGAUGUUGUCACCAUCCACGCCCAAGGAGCUGAUGGGGAGACUGUGCCGGAAGCAAGAACCCCAACAGCACCACAAGGACAUUGUAUAUGUGAAAGACCCCAUGGCAACCGUGCGAGGGGUGGCAUCAUUGAUCGAAAAUCAGAUUGGCUCUCGACCCAAUAAAGUUGUCAAAAAAAAAGGAGCCUCAUCUGUGAAAGCGACGUAG